AUGGUGUGCCUGAGCUUCAGCUCCAGCAGCUGCCAGGACGCCCACCCGUCGGCGCUGGACUACUUCCUGGCCGUGCUCGUCAUGUUCACCGCCGUCGUCGCGGCGCGGCUGCUCGCCAGCGCCGUGGCGCGGUGCCUCUGCGGCGACGGACCUGACGCGCACCACCACCACCACCACCACGACCAUCACCACCACAGUCCGGAGGCCACUACCGACGUGGACGAGGACGUGGUGGAGCUGCCGUGGGGCGGCGCCGGGCUGGCCAUCUUCGGGCAGCCCGGCAUGGACGUCCCGCCGCCGAGGAGGAACGACCAGGGGUGGCACUGGCACGGCAUGCUGGCGCCGCCGGUCGUCGCCGGGACGACGGAGCGCGUGGGACACGUCGCUCACCCCAGCCCACCGCGUCUCGGCUGCUAA